GGCCAGAGACCAGCCUCCUUGGAUGUGAGACGCACAGCCCAAACUGAACAGAAGUAUUCAAAUCUCCAUAAGCUCACUGAGGUGACUGUGCCGGAGCAUUCUGUCACUGGCAGCUGUGCGUGUUGCCAUGGGGACCGUGGCCUGGGGCCUGUGCGCUCUCUUCUGCGCCUGGACAUGCGGCCGGAGCGCCGGCCUGUCCCGCCGGCGGAGGGGCUUUGAUGACCACAGUGCCGACGACCUUCCUAAGAGGUGCUCGUAUACAUUCCUGGUCCCUGAGCAGAAGAUCACGGGACCCAUCUGCGCAAGCCGCGGGUCCUCGCUGCCGGACAAGGAGCGUGUGACACGGAUGGACAUAGCAGAUGUGCGGGAGCUGCUGUCCAAGCAGCGGCGGGAGAUGGAGACGCUGCGCAUGGUGGUGGACGUGGACGGCAACCUGGUGAACGAGAUGAAACUCCUGCGCAAAGAGUCACGCAACAUGAACUCGCGCGUGACGCAGCUGUACAUGCAGCUACUGCACGAGAUCAUCCGCAAGCGUGACAACUCGCUGGAGCUGGCGCAGCUGGAGGCACGCGUCCUCAACGUCACAGCCGAAGCGCUGCGCCUCUCCUCCCGUUACCGGGACCUCGAGGCACGCUUCGCUGCUCUUGCCGGUGUCGUCAACAACCAAUCAGUCCUGAUCGGCGCCUUGGAGGAGAAGUGUCUGCACGUGUAUGGCCAUGGCAGGCAGGAACCGCUGCCCCCACCACUUGUCCAGGUGGUCCCCGAGAACAUCCCUGUGCAUGUGCCCCGCUUCUCCAAUGAGAUCCAUAUGGAACACAGCCGGGCUUUCCCCAGGGACAGAGGCUCGCGAGCGGGCCCAGCGCCCACCGGGAGCACCCUAGAAGCCAAGCAGCCAACCACCAGCAACUUCAGCUCGGAAGGUCCUUUCCUCGACUGCUUCCAUGCAAUGCAGGCAGGUCAUGGCACCAGCGGCAUGUACCUGCUGAAACCCAAUGACAGUGAAAGGCCGAUGCAGGCGUGGUGUGAGCAUGACAUGGAUGGAGGAGGCUGGACCGUGAUCCAGAGGAGGAAAGACGGCUCUGUCAACUUCUUCCGAAACUGGGAAAAUUAUAAGAAAGGCUUCGGCAACAUAGAUGGAGAGCACUGGCUAGGGCUGGAGAACAUUUACAACCUCGGCAGGCAGGGAGACUACAAGCUGCUGGUGGAGCUGCAGGAUUGGAUGGAGAAGAAGGUGUAUGCGGCAUACAGCAGCUUCCACCUGGAGCCCGAGUCCGAGUCGUACCGCUUGCGUCUGGGCACCUACCAGGGGAACGCUGGGGACUCACUAACCAGUCACAAUGGCAAACAGUUCACCACCCUAGAUCGUGACAAAGAUGCCUUUUCAGGUAACUGUGCCCAUUUCCACAAGGGUGGCUGGUGGUACAAUGCGUGUGGGCAGACCAACCUGAACGGCGUGUGGUACUCAGGUGGAGUCUACCGCAGCAAAUUCCAGGACGGCGUCUUCUGGGCCGACUACGGGGGAGGCUUCUACUCCAUGAAAUCUGUGCGCAUGUUGAUCAAGCCCAUAGAAUGAAGCAAGAGCCCAGCUAAGGCUGAGCACUGCUGAGCAUCGCGUCUGCAGGGGACAGAGCCCAGUCCCUCAUUCCCUUUUCACGUCUGUGUAACAGCUCGAUGGCAGGCCUGAUCAGCCUUAUCAGAAGGGGCUCUGCUCCCGGGGGAUCCUGCAGAGUGUAGCGGCUAGGCACAUGCAUGUUCUGCUCAUUGCAUCCUGGCUUUGAUCCCCAAAACAAAGCUACAUGCAAAUUUGACAAUCUACGUAAAGGGCCCAUAUCCUACAUUGUUCUUUAUUUUAUAUUGUUCCUUGAUGUCCACUUACAAUGUUUGUGUGGCUUCGGGUUUCACAAACAGUCUUAAGGUUUUUUUUACACAACCAUUUUGCAACCUCUAUUUAUCCCCUUGAAUUAAAUAGACUGUUCCUGUUAUGUGCCUUUAAAAUGGAAAUGAGAUAAAUGAGCUCGGUUCUGAUUGGUUGCCAUGUACUGUGCCUCAUUCAUUGAGCGCAUUCAAAAAGCACUCAGAGCCGAAACGCACCUGAGAACUGCAAUGUAAGUGGGCGGGGCUACAUUGCUGCACGCUGCAUUGGCGGCAAUAUGUAAUUGAGCUUGUUCUCAUGACAUCAGAAAAACAUUUCAAAUGUUUCAAAACUGGUCCAUAUAUAGAACGUAUGGACUGUAUGGACUGUAUGGACUGGGGCGGGGGUGAGUGAUGUGUUUUGAAACUUUAACAGCAUUUACAUAUCUUCAAAAGUGUUUAUUUCAAUAAAGUGAAGGAAAUUCCAUUUUCCAUGA